UAUGGGAGGCAGCUGACCUCAACGCCUCCGAGUCAAGGUUAUGAGGUUACCCGGUACCGCCAGCCGCCGAACCACUAUUCAAUUGCCAGGUACUCAGCGUCAAGAUUGAAUCUCCCUCAAUGAUCUAGCCAACGAUAUGGAUGCGAAUCGAUAAUCACAUCAAGGGGCAUAGAUCUUGUAAGAUGAGUGGAGCCAGACAUGCCAACCUAAUCCACAGUGCUAACUCUUGAAUAUUUGAAUUCUGAUAGGUAGUACAUGACAAACGCAUUAAGCAAGAACGAAUAUCAUUCAUUCUUCGCGAUUAGUAUCGAGCCAAAAUGGUUGUUUGUAUUACACAGGCUUCUCCGCGAACGGAACACCCUCCAGCCUCUCCCUUAUAACUAAGGGUAUACCUAGAUUCAAAGAAAGAAAGCACAUCCACCUCUUCGAUGGCAAACUUUACAAACUCGUCUUCCCCUUCGCCGGGGUAUGAUACCUAUGCUCACUAUGCUCGUAACCUGAUCCAAGCCUUCGAUAAUGAGCUGAAGGGCACAGAAACCCUCCCGCCUAGCGUACCAAGGCCGUUGACCGCUCCACUGACUCAGAAUCGGAAGAUAACCGAUAUUAGCUCUGUAGGUCUGAUUGGAAUCUCGGACGCAGUGAAUUAUCAGGCGCCAGUCGAUAUUAGCUCUGCAAAACCGGUUGGAAUCCUGGGUGCAGGAGCGGGCGGGUUGUACACAGCUUUGAUCCUCCAGGACCUCGGUAUUCCAUAUCACAUCAUCGAGGCUCAAGGUAAAGUCGGAGGAAGACUUCUCACAUACAAAUUCCAAGACGGAACGGGAUCGCCCUACAAUUAUUUCGACAUUGGCGCUAUGCGAUUCCCGAAAAUCAGUUCCAUGCAGCGAGUCUUUAACCUCUUCGACUACCCACCUCUCAACGAGGGCAGUAUCUCUCUCAAGACGAAGGUCAAACCGUUCUAUUUUGUAGGCGGCGGGAACAACAAUACCCUAUACUCUUAUAAUGGCGUCACAGUGCGGCAGAACGCGAUGCCCCCAAGUGACCCUUUCAAGGCUGAUCAGGUGAUCCAAGACGUCGUUAGCUCGAACCCAUACAUCGCUGUAGGUGUGAAGGCAAUCAUGGACGAUGUCAUUGGUCCCUUUGCAACACGCCUACUUGACGAUUUGAAGACUGGAGGGUCAGAAGGUUGGAAAUAUAUGAGGAGCUUCGACCAUUAUUCGACUCGCGCUUAUAUGCAGCUCAAGUAUAUACCGAGCCCAAGCCUUGGUCUACCCAACAAGUCUCUAUCGACAGAUGUUGUCAACUGGUGUGAGACUUUUGAUAAGUCCACCGGCUGGUACGAUCGCGCUCUCUCCGAGACUGUUUUAGAGGCCGUUGCUUUUGGUUGGCAUCCCGGACCUAACCCGCCUCCCACGCAAUGGUUUUGCAUUGAUGGCGGCGCUAACGAGAUUGCGGCUUGCAUGGAACAAUAUAUUCGCAAGAAUAGCAAAGACGCUAUCACAUUCAACUCCAGAGUGACGGCCAUUGGAAUUAAUGAGGACAACUCUGGCAUGGACGUUGUUACAGACAACAAGGAUCUUCACAAAUUCUCGCAUGUCAUCUCUACUAUCCCCUUACCCGUUCUCCGCACUGUCGACCUCAGCCAAGCUGGUCUCUCCCCCAUGCAGUCGAAUGCUCUGCGAACAUUGAACUAUGGUCCCUCCAUUAAGAUCGGAAUGCAGUUCAGAACUGCGUGGUGGACGACCGGGACGGAUUUAAGUGGAAAUCCUCUCAAUAUAGUUGGAGGACAGACGUACACUGACAGGCCUUUGCGCACUGUCGUUUAUCCUUCCUUUGGAAGCGUCCAGGCUGGGACGACGACUACGCUUAUCGCCAGCUAUUGCUGGACGGAGGAUGCUACUAGGUUGGGUGCGUUGAUAGGCAGAGAUGACGCAACGCUUGAACAGCUUGUGUUGAAGGAGCUGGCGGAUCUGCACAACGUUGAUAUAAAAUAUAUACGUAACCAGCUGAUCGAAACCAAGGGAUGGAGUUGGUCCCACGAUCCUUAUACGAUGGGUGCCUUUGCUUUCUUCGGACCUGGAAAGUUCGGAAAUCUUUACACGAGCCUUAACAAUCCUGCUGCAGGGGGUUAUCUUCAUUUCGCUGGCGAAGCCAUCAGUGUACGGCAUGCUUGGGUGGAGGGUGCAUUGGAUAGCGCUUGGAGAGCUGUCCAUGAAAUGCUCGUUUUCCCUGCGUUCGAAUCCUACCGAGACAAGUUCUUCGAGCAUUGGGGAGUAAAUCCUGAAUGGGUUACACAAGGUGCAUUGAAAGCACCUACCAAUCGUCGUGGUGGGGAACCAGAAGGUCCAGAACCCCCUGCUCGCGCGCCCCAACCGCGGGACGAUCUUGUCUGGGAGCACAUCGUGCUCACACACCCAGAGCUGUUUAAACAAUUGUAGGCCUUUCGUUACUCAAAGUUAUCAUGAAUUGUCGACCUCUGCCUGUUUACGCUGUAACUUGUAUCAUUACGACGAAUGAGUGUGGAUUGUUCCUUAUGCGUUGGUUAUGUGUUGUGCAUAGUACCACCUGUCCGAAUUCAAUAUUCAAUAUUCAAGAGUUAGCAG